UCUGAUUGGCCCCUGAAAUGCAUCAUGUCCUGUCAUUGGUUCACACGAGACUGAACGUUAAAAACUUAUAUGUGAUUGUCUCUUCCUGUCUGCAGCUCGGCCGUCAUGUCUAAAGCGACGGUGAAGAAGCUGCACUGGCGCUCCAAGGUGCAGGAGAGCUUCGUCCCUCUGGGCGGCGGCUCAGGAGAGCUGGGUCUGGCGAUUGGGGGCGGGGCCGACUACGGCGAGUUCCCCUUUGUCACAGCAGCACCUGGGGGCGGGGCCACAGUGGGCGACAUCAUCCUAGAGAUCGGGGGGACGCCUGUAUUAGGGAUGACCCUCGGUGAUGUCAGAGGAGUCCUCAACUCCUGUCCUCAUCCAAUCAGAAUCAAGACCGUGUCACCAGGUUCGUCGCUCUGUAAAGACCUCAGGUUGUAUCUCAGCAAGUGUUUCACUCCAGGAUCCAUGGACAGUCAACUACAGCAGCUGAUCAGAGAGAACCUGUACCUGAGAGCUGUACCUUGUACGACCCGGCAGCCUCGGGACGGGGAGAUCUCGGGCGUGGACUACAACUUCGUGUCCAUCGAGGAGUUUUUCUCUCUGGAGGAGUCCGGAGCUCUGCUGGAAAGCGGCAAAUUCAAAGGGAACUACUACGGGACGCCUCGCCCUGUCCACAUCGGCCCGGAGAGUCCACCAAUCACGUACCAGGAGCAUCGGAACCUGCUGCGGAACUUCAGGACGAGGAGCAAGUCUCUGAGUAACCUGGAGAAAGCUGUGGAGGAGGGAGACAACAGCGAGGAGGACAGCGGACUGUCGGCAGGUUCAGCCGGAGCCCCACCCACCACCCUCCCUCUUAGCCAAUCAUGGGAGUCAGCGGCGGGGAGUCGGGAAGGGAUGAUGAACGGAGGAGUAGGAAGAGGAUUGGGGAGAGGAAGAGGAGGAGGAGGUCCCCUACCUGAAAACUGGGAGCUGGCCUUCAGUGAUUCAGGAGAGCCGUACUACAUCAAUCAUAAGUCAAAGACGACCAGCUGGCUGGAUCCUCGACAUCUCAACAAAGAGACGACUUCCUGUACCGAGC